GCAGUCAACGAGCUUAUUCAAGCCGGAAUUGACAGCGGCACCCCUUCAGAUCGUAUUAUUUUGUGCGCCUUCUCCCAGGUGAUUACUUUGCUCACAGGAUACUCGACGCAUCAUAAACUUGCGGGUGUCAUUGGCUGCAGUGGAUGGUUGGCUCACAUAUGCUCUUUCUUUAUAAUUGGCACCGAGACAAACAAGAAAAUAAUAUUUUUUUUAUGCCACGGGGACAAGGAUAUGAUAGUAAAGCCGCGGUACAGUCAGGCAACCGCAAAGUAUUUCAACAAGAUCGGGUUCCAGGCAACGUUCAAGUUGUAUCCAGGGCUCGGCCAUGCUGCCUGGUUACAGGAAAUUGGGGAUAUUGCCAGCUCCAUCAAGCAGCAGCUGCCCCUUUGA